UGUUAAAGAAAUGUCCGAUCCAGAACCUACAGUGUCCUCGUGGUCUGCAGGAGCCGGACUUCCUGGACCUCCUGAGGUCCACCUUCCCUCUGCUGGCUCACGGAGAACCUUUUGAUGUCUUCCUGACGUCCACGAGCCAAAAGCUCCUGCCUCUGAGAACCAGAACUCUGACUCCAGACGAGAUCCACAGGUCCAUGAAGUCCACCGGGAACUCUGUCCUCUACAUCCGACUGAAGAAAGGAGAGGACAAAACGGGAGAAGAACCAAGCUCCCCUGGUCCUGAUCCUGGUCUUGUUCCUGAUCCUGGUCCUGAGCACCGUCUGAGCUCUGUUGAAGGUGCAGAGGGAACUAGACGAGACGAUCCAACUCACAGCUCAACGUCACAAGAACACGACCCGGAAAAGGAAGAGGAGGAAGCGGAGAACAAUGAGGAGGAAGCAGAGAAAGACGAGGAGGAAGCAGAGAAAGACGAGGAGGAAGCAGAGAAAGACGAGGAGGAAGCAGAGAAAGACGAGGAGGAAGCAGAGAACGACGAGGAGGAAGCAGAGAAAGACGAGGACUCCGGUGGAGGUUCAGAGGAGUUUGACCCAGACUCUGACCAAAAACCAGAACAAAAGAAGGUUAAAGGUCACCGGAAGAGGACUGAAGAAAGUAAAGUGUCUUGUAAAGUGUGCGGGGUCUGGUACUUGAAUCUGGCGUGUCUGAUCAAACACAUCUGGACCCAUGUGGACGAGCAACAGGACGUGUGCGGCGUCUGCGGGGAGAAGGUCAAAUCUGUGGGAAAGUUGAAGAAACAUCUGAAAAAUCACCAAAACGUCCACCGGUGUUCUGACUGUGGGAAGACCUUCACGUCCAAAAGCAAUCUGAGGAGUCACGCCAGCAAACACGCCGUGAACCAGAGGUUCAGUUGCAACGUUUGCAGCAGAACCUUCAGAGCCAAGUCGGGCCUGAACUCUCACCGCUGGGUCCACGAAGAAAACAAGUCUUUCAAAUGUGACGUUUGUCUGAAGACGUUCGGUGUGAAGUCGCAGCUCACGGCUCACAGAAAGAACCACACCAAGGAGGAGGAGCACAUCUGCAACAUCUGUGGGAAGUUUUUCGACAAUCGCCGAGCUCUGGCCCGGCACAGGACCAUCCACUUCGAGGAGCGACGCCACAGCUGUGAAGUCUGCAAGAAACGCUUCAAAGUGGAAGGCAACUUGAAGCUGCACAUGAGGGUCCACAUGGUCCGAGACCGACCGUUCCUCUGCCACGUCUGCUCCAAAAGCUUCCAAACAGAACCGGAAUUAUCGAGGCACCUGAGGACCCACGGAGAUGAGAGACCGUUCAUCUGUGAUGUGUGCGGGAAAAGCUUCCUGUUCAACGGAGAUCUGAGGAAGCACCUGACGAUCCACAGCAGCGAGGCGCCGUACGAGUGCGCCGAGUGCGGCCGCCGCUUCAAAAUCAAGAACAAGCUGACCCAUCACGUCUUCCUCCAUUCCGGGGUCAAGAACUUCGUCUGCGGGAUCUGUGGGAAGGCCUUUUCUCAGCGGUACUACCUGAAGGUCCACAUGAGGACCCACAACGGAGAGAGACCCUACAAGUGCACACUCUGUGACAAAACCUUCACCCAGAGCCACUGUUUGAAAACGCACAUGAAGAGCCACCAGACCCAAGAGAACCCUGUCCCCGAGAACCAGACCCAAGAGAACCCUGUCCCCGAGAACCAGACCCAAGAAAACCCUGUCCCCGAGAACCAGACCCAAGAGAACCCUGUCCUCGGGAACCAGACCCAAGAGAAACCUGUCCCUGGUCCCUCCAAGUCCUGA